GUGGCGGUUUGCGACGCAGCCUCUGAGGGUGCUGUUGCUCUGGCAACAGCGUCAACACUACAGCUGCCCUCUACGUUGUCCUGUAUAGCUAACUAAACGAUCCAAAUGAUUAAUGUCUGCGAAUGAAAUAUAGAUUAAAAUAUACUUUUACAGGUUAUUUCAAUGACAUUACAGCUAGAAGUCAUAAAGGUGUGAUGAGCGUACACGGCAGGGAGGUGAAGGUGUAUGUCCGCACCAGACCUACAGCCUGCUUUGCCCAAGAACUCAUUGAAUACCUGCCAGAUGAACAGACGGUGAAUGUGCGACACAGACGGGAUACCAGGAAAGGGGUGGUGAACAAUCAAAUGAGCUCUUGGUCAUUUCGGCUGAAUGGCGUACUGCACAACGUGUCUCAGGAAGAGGUCUAUCACAGUGUUGCCCACAGCGUGGUGCUCGGAGCUCUGGAGGGCUACAACGGUACAAUUAUGUGCUUUGGGCAGACCGGGGCAGGAAAGACAUACACAAUGACUGGUGCCACAGAGAGUUACAAACAAAGAGGCAUCAUCCCUCGUGCCAUACAGGAGGUGUUUCGUGAGGUGGAGCAGCGUGUAGAUCACACCUUUUCCAUGCACCUCUCCUUUCUGGAGAUUUACAACGAGACCUUGGUGGACCUGCUUGCUUCAAUAAAAGGGGUCCGGGUAGCACAGGGUGGGGCUUUGGCUGUCGUGGAAGAGCCAGGGGGCGGGGUUUCAGUGAAGGGACUGUCUCUCCAUUUGGUUCACAAUGAAGAGGAGGCUCUCAAUCUGCUUUUUGAGGGUGAGAUGAACAGAAUAAUUGGUGAGCAUGCCCUCAGUAAGAACUCCUCCAGGUCACACUGCAUUUUCACCAUCCACAUUGAGUCUCGUUCUCGUACGCUGUCAAAUGCAUCGUAUGUUACAUCCAAACUUAAUCUGGUGGACCUUGCAGGAUCAGAAAGGCUGAGCAAAACUGGGUCGGAGGGUCAGGUGCAGAGAGAGGCCUUGUACAUUAACAGAUCUCUGUCCUUCCUGGAGCAGGCCAUUAUAGCCCUGGCCGACCGGCGCCGAGAGCAUGUACCCUUCAGACAGAGCAAACUGACCCAUGCCCUUAAAGAUUCUCUUGGUGGAAACUGUAACACAGUGCUGGUGGCUAACAUUUAUGGUGAAGCAGCACAGAUCGAGGAGACGCUCUCUACCCUCCGCUUUGCCGCCAGGAUGAAAUGUGUGCGCACUGAACCGUCCAUCAAUGAGCACGUUGACCCUGCUCUCCAGAUCCGAAGACUUCAAAAAGAAGUCCAACUUCUGAAGCAGGAGCUUUCCAUUCGUGACACACUGGCUAAUCGUGCGGGUGCGAUGUAUGAGACUCUGUCAGAGACGCAGGUAGCGGAGAUUAACAACCAAGUUCAGAGAUACCUGGCUGGCACAUUGGAUGAGAUCACGAUUGUGAGCAUUAGACAGAUCCAGGAAGUGUUUGCCCAGUUUAAAAAAGCUGUGCAGGAACAGGAAAAGCGGAUUAAGGAACACCUCAGUCAGGAAUACUCUCUGGUGGAAAAUACCCAGAGCACCCUGUCUUCUUCUGCUGCAAAAGAAAGCUUAGCACGUUGUAUGGGUCAGGAGCCUGCGGGAGCUGUUGGGGAGGUGGAGGGUGGAUUUGGGCUCGGAGUGGCCGCACCCUCGCAGAGACACACUGGACCUCCAUCACCCAGCAAAAGCAAAGGCAAGAAGGGCCAAGAGAGCAGCAGAAAGGAUGGUGCAGGAACCUCAGGUCCAGCAGUGGGCGCUGCUGUGAUGCAGAGAGAGACAGAGGCCCUUACGCCUACUGUUGAGCCUGAGGGCCCAGAGGCCCCACACAUGGCCAGAGAAGGAGCCAAGAAGAAAAGCGACACUCCUCCGUCUAAGAUGGAGGCGUUUGAGGACUUCAAGAUGGAGCGGGGCAGCGAGAUCAACCGCAUCCUGAAGGAGAACAAAGCUGUGCUGCUGGAGCGCCUGGGCCAACUGCACAAACUCACACAGGCCAUUAAUUCCAUCAAACGGGACAUUGACCGCAUGAGCUCUGAACUCCGGCUGCGUAGAGAACAAAGACAGAGUCAAGGGCAGUUUCUGAGUGCGGACGGUGAGCCUGUGCUGGAGGAGGCUGAGUUAUCUCUGAUCAUGAGCCUCAGAGAGAUGAAGGAUCAAUACAGACAGACCUAUGAAGAGCUGCUCAGCACCAAAGCUGAAGUGCGCUACUGUCAGCAUCUGGUGGACCAAUGUCGCACACGCCUGCUUACUGAGUUUGAGAGCUGGUACAAUGAGUCUUUCCUGCUGCCGGACGAGGUACAGGCCAUCUUUAGGGAAGGUGGACCCAUCAGGCCAGGCUUGAUACCUCUGGACAAAGCUUUGCCUCUGGAAGCUGAUGAACAGGAGCAGUUUGAGCGUCUUCGUACAGAGCUGCUUGCAGAGAGUCCCAGUGCUGUGUCCUUUUACAAUGCACACAACAGGACUUUACUGAGGAGAGGCAGCAGGCCAGUUCCUCACAGUCCUGAUUCCAGGAGGAACAUGGGAGCUGGAACAAACAAGUCCAAACUGCCUGCCAUCGUCUCCGUCACCUAAACAAUAUUACGUACUCCCUUGUGCAAAUAACUUACCUCCUUGGCUACACAAACAUCUGCAAUGAUUAUCAAUGUGAAAAUGAGUUUUGUAACAUUCAACUACACAUAUAAGAGGCAUGCUUAUCUCUGAAAUUCACAUUUCGACUUAAUUCAGGUAGUAGAAUUUGAAGGU